UCAAUUUCUUUCGGUAUUUCCAAAAAAAAAAUUCAGUAUCCUUCUCCGACAGCUCAAUUUACUACUUCAGUCCUCCGCAGCUAAAACCCUACUUUCUGCUCCCAAGGAGUAAGAGGCAGUGCCAGCCAAACGUAAAGAUCGAAUCUUUUUUUAUUCCUUUCACGGUAUGGCUCUCUGCAACCCUAAGCUGUCGAUCAACUCGAUACCCUCUUCUUCCUCAUCCCCCACCUCGACCUCCUUUCCGCCGCCGCGCCACAUCUCAUCACUCUUCCUCUUCCGCCGCCGCCGCCGCCGCCCCUGUCCUGCUUCACUUUCAGCGUCCGAAAAACCUGGCCUUCUCCGCCUCCUUGCACGCGCCCAUGACAAGGAUUCCGAUCCCGUAUCGUGGAUUCCUCGCCGUCCUGGCACCGCCGGCAAGCGCACCGACAUCCAGAAGAUCAUGAUCCUUGGUGCCGGCCCCAUUGUCAUCGGCCAGGCUUGCGAGUUCGACUAUUCCGGCACCCAAGCUUGCAAGGCUCUCCGCGACGAGGGCUAUGAAGUCGUGCUCAUCAAUUCCAAUCCGGCCACCAUCAUGACGGACCCUGGCCUCGCUAACCGUACCUAUGUAGGCCCCAUGACCCCUGAGCUCGUCGAGCAGAUCAUCGCUGAGGAGCGACCUCAGGCACUUCUCCCCACAAUGGGCGGCCAGACGGCUCUCAACCUCGCCGUUGCCCUUCAUGAAUCCGGCGCUCUUGCCCGCUAUGGUGUCGAGCUCAUCGGCGCCAAGCUUGACGCUAUCCGGUGCGCAGAGGAUCGCGAUCUCUUCAAGAAGGCCAUGGCAUCCAUCGGUCUAAAAACCCCGCCUUCAGGCAUCGCUAAUACCAUUGAGGAGUGUGCUUCUGUUGCUGAUGAAAUUGGCGGGUUCCCUCUCAUCAUCCGCCCUGCGUUUACCUUGGGAGGCACUGGCGGCGGCAUUGCUUACAACCGUGAUGAAUUCGAAUCCAUAUGCCGUGCGGGACUUGCCGCCAGUCUCACCACUCAGGUGCUUAUCGAAAAAUCCCUUCUUGGGUGGAAGGAAUACGAGCUCGAGGUCAUGCGCGACCUUGCUGACAACGUUGUCAUUAUCUGCUCAAUUGAAAACAUCGAUCCGAUGGGAGUUCACACUGGCGAUUCCAUUACCGUUGCACCUGCGCAGACGCUAACUGAUAAGGAGUACCAAAGGUUGAGGGAUUACUCGGUGGCUAUAAUUCGAAAGAUUGGAGUAGAGUGCGGGGGCUCCAACGUGCAGUUUGCAGUGAAUCCAGUUGAUGGGGAGGUGAUGGUGAUUGAGAUGAACCCUAGGGUGUCAAGAUCAUCAGCUCUUGCAUCUAAGGCUACUGGAUUUCCAAUUGCAAAGAUGGCUGCAAAGCUUUCAGUCGGAUAUACUCUUGAUCAGAUACCCAAUGAUAUCACAAAGAAGACGCCCGCCAGCUUUGAGCCAUCAAUUGAUUACGUGGUGACAAAGAUUCCACGAUUCGCCUUUGAGAAAUUCCCUGGUUCUCAGCCAAUAUUGACCACCCAAAUGAAAUCUGUUGGUGAGGCAAUGGCAUUGGGAAGGACAUUCCAAGAAUCCUUCCAAAAGGCUGUUCGAUCUUUGGAAUGUGGUUAUGCUGGCUGGGGUUGUGCGCAUAUCAAGGAACUUGAUUGGGACCGGGAGCAAUUGAAGUACAGCCUGCGAGUUCCUAACCCUGAUCGCAUUCAUGCGAUCUAUGCAGCCAUGAAGAAAGGAAUGAAAGUGGAUGAAAUACAUGAUCUCAGCUUUAUUGACAAGUGGUUCCUGUCCCAGCUCAAAGAAUUAGUACAAGUGGAAAAUUUUCUUCAGACUAUAAGUUUAGAUCAGCUGACAAAGGAUGAUCUGUAUGAAGUGAAGAGAAGGGGGUUCAGUGACAAACAAAUUGCAUAUGCUACGAAUACAACUGAGAAAGAGGUUCGAACAAAACGCAUCUCUUCCGGUGUGAUCCCAGCAUAUAAGAGGGUUGAUACUUGUGCUGCUGAGUUUGAGGCAAAUACGCCUUACAUGUACUCUUCAUAUGAUUUUGAGUGUGAAUCUGCUCCUACUAAAAUGAAGAAGGUUUUGAUCUUGGGUGGAGGACCAAACCGGAUUGGACAGGGAAUAGAAUUUGAUUACUGCUGCUGUCAUGCAUCAUUUGCUCUUCGUCAGGAUGGAUAUGAAACAAUCAUGAUGAACUCGAAUCCGGAGACCGUGUCCACAGAUUAUGACACAAGUGAUCGCUUGUAUUUUGAACCUCUGACAAUUGAAGAUGUGGUAAAUGUUCUCGAGAUAGAGCGGCCUGAUGGAAUAAUUGUGCAGUUUGGGGGUCAGACACCUCUGAAGCUUGCAGUCCCCAUACAGCAGUAUCUGGAAGAGAAGAAAUUGAUGUCUGCUAAUGGAACUGGUCGAGUAAGAGUGUGGGGAACUUCACCUGAUUCGAUUGAUGCAGCUGAGGAUAGAGAGAGAUUUAACGCAAUUCUGAAUGAGCUUCAAAUAGAGCAACCAAAAGGUGGGAUAGCAAAGAACGAGGCCGAUGCCUUGUCAAUUGCCUCCAAUAUAGGGUACCCUGUUGUAGUCCGACCAUCUUAUGUAUUAGGUGGAAGGGCUAUGGAAAUUGUUUAUACUGAUGAGAAGCUGCUCAAGUAUCUUGAGACUGCAGUUGAAGUUGAUCCCGAGCGCCCUGUACUGAUAGAUAAGUAUCUUUCAGAUGCUACAGAGAUUGACGUGGAUGCAAUGGCAGAUUCUGAGGGUAAUGUAGUAAUUGGUGGUAUCAUGGAGCACAUAGAACAAGCUGGAAUUCAUUCUGGUGACUCAGCUUGUUCUCUUCCAACAAAAACUGUAUCGAAUAAGUGCUUGGACAUAAUCCGUUCAUGGACCACAAAACUUGCAAAAAGACUUGGUGUAUGCGGCCUUAUGAACUGCCAGUAUGCCAUUACUGCAUCUGGUGAUGUCUAUCUCCUCGAGGCAAACCCUCGUGCUUCCCGCACAGUUCCUUUUGUUUCUAAAGCUAUUGGUCAUCCUCUAGCAAAAUAUGCCUCUCUUGUUAUGUCUGGAAAGACAAUAUAUGAUAUUGGAUUCACAAGUGAGGUGAUCCCAAAGCAUGUUUCAAUCAAGGAAGCUGUUCUUCCUUUUGAAAAAUUCCAAGGCUGUGAUGUGCUUCUUGGACCAGAGAUGCGCAGCACAGGAGAAGUCAUGGGAGUUGACUUCGACUUCCAUGUAGCAUUUGCAAAGGCACAAAUUGCAGCUGGUCAGAAGCUUCCUGUGGAUGAUGAUGGCCUUCUUGGCAGUAAAAAGACAGUUUUCCUCAGCUUAAAUGAUCUAACAAAGCCCCACCUUGCAUCAAUAGCUGAUGGAUUUCUUCAACUGGGCUUUCGACUUGUUGCGACUUCUGGGACGGCUCGGGUGCUCGAGAUGGAGAACUUACCAGUCGAACGAGUUCUAAAGAUGCACGAGGGUAGACCCCAUGCUGGUGACAUGUUGUCAAAUGGUGAGAUACACAUAAUGGUAAUAACUAGUUCUGGUGAUGCUUUGGAUUCAAUAGAUGGGAGACAACUGAGAAGAAUGGCAUUGGCUUGUAAGAUCCCACUAAUAACUACUGUUGCUGGGGCGCUGGCUACUGUGAAGGCAUUGAGGAGCUUGAAGCACAGCUCUAUUAAGAUGUUGGCUUUGCAAGACUAUUUUCACCCUGUGGAUGAAGAGCUUGAUUUGCGAGCUGCAUCCUCUACUGUUUAGCAGUUAAUUUCUGAUGGAAAAUCACCCCAAAUUUGAGUCAUCAUUGGCUUAAAACUUCUUAGAAAUGUAUCAUUUUAUUUUCUCUCAUGCUGUUGUAUUCAUUUGUUUUGCUAAUAAACUAUUUGCCUGUUUAUCGUCUCCUUGCAUUGCCUUGGUAUACUGGCUGUAGCCUGUGCUGGAUUGUUAUCUUUGCAGAGUUUUCAACCUGGACUAUUUACAAAAUUGUUAACUACUUUCUGUUCAAAAA